AUGGCGCUAGAGCCAAAGCCCAGGACGGACCCAAUUCGGCGGGCCGAGGCGACCCCAGAUCACGUUUUGACUCCGCAAGGUCGCAGAGUCGGCAGGGAGCUUCAAAAGACUUCCAACUUACCAAGCACGAUGCCCUCCCCCUUCCACGAUCCACCAUGUGGGUCUCGCGAGAAAGAGAAGGCCUGGAUAGGCGUCGCGAAGCGAGGAUUCCGAAGUCCGUGGAAGCUUUGGAAUGAGUACUGCAAACGGUUUAAUACGAUCACCAUCCCUUUGCUCGAUGAAGACGCCUACUUCGCCGACGCCAUUUCGGCCGCAAGGCAUGCUCGGGAUUGUGACCACCUUGAGGAGCUCCUUGCCAAAAAAUUCGAAGAGCGCCGCCGGGAGCUAGAGCUUUUGGUCUCCUAA